AUGGCAGAUCAGAGCCUCAUCCGUAUCCUCCGGGAGGUUCGGUUGUUCGAAAAGGAUGAUCAACUAGCCAUGACCAUCCACUACUCCGAGAAGAAUAUCCGCCAAAUCACCGCUCUACUCAUUGGGCCUCCAGAUACUCCUUAUGCCUUUGGAUUCUAUCAGUUAGCCAUUUCGAUCCCCCUUGAUCUCCCAGACUACCCUGCUCGGCCUCCAAUAGUUACCCUGCGGACCACAAAUCAAGGCAAAACUCGCUUUGGCCCUAAUCUCUAUGCAUGUGGCAAGAUCUGUUUGACAUGGCCGGGGCCGCCAAAUGAAGAAUGGUCCCCCGCUCAGGGCUUAGAGUCGGUUUUGCUCUCAAUCCAGAGCUUGCUCUCCGCAACCCCGUACACCUUGGAGCCUGGCUUCGAAAAUCCCCGCUCCCCCAAUGACAAACAAUCCAGCAAGGACUACAGUGCAAAGAUUGCCCAUGAGAAUCUGAGACUCACGGUCAUUGCGCCUCUCGAACUGGCCAUGGGCAUAUCCAAGGAUUCAUCUUCAAGCAAACAACCCAAGUCCAAAGGAGGAAAAGAAUUCGAUUCCACGCUGGGCCCGUUCAUCGAUUUCUGUAAACAACGCUUUCUGUGGUAUCGAGAGCAGUACAAAAAGGCGAUUCAAGAUGGCAUUGAUAACACGGAAAUUUGCGCUGGUCAGCCUUUCUCCCAGACCCUCUUUGAAUCGCACGACAAUGGCAUGGUAGGCCAAUGGAAUUACCCCCAAUUGAUGUCCCGCUUUGAGGCACUGGAGAAGGCUUUGAUGAAAGAAACCAACGAAUGGCCCAACGCAGGCCUGACACUCGAAAAGAAGGAGUCUGGCCUCGCAGUUAGUUUGCGCGCUCAACUGGCGCAGAUUGUCUCGGAGAUGUCCCACCGCUCGAGCGCCAUAUUUGACCUGGCUUUGAUUGAUAAUAACCCUUUUCUCUGGCGUAUCACGUACUUCGGUCGCUCGGGUACGCCAGUCGAUGAUGGCGUUUUCAAGAUUAAAAUUCACAUCAGCCCUAAUCACCCGAACGACCAGCCUCGUGUUUACAUGGAGACACCGCUGUUCCACGUCCGCGUGGCGACUGAUCAGAUGCUGAUCUAUCUUCCUGUGCGUGCUGAUGAAAUGAUUCGUCAUAUCGAGGGUAUCUUAUUCGCCUUGGAGGAGAAGUGGCCGAUCUGUAAUCCACUCAUGGUUGUUAAUCAAGAAAGUGCCCGGCUUUGCUGGGGCAAUGCCGGUGAGAAGAGGGAGUACAAUCGUCGGCUUCGUCGAUCUGUCGCCGACAGUCUCGAGAAUCUUUGA